UCCCAUGAAGAUGAUUAAAUUGUGUGAGAAUCAGAAAUUUGACGGAUCUUGGGAGUUAACAGAGAAAAUCUCAAAAAUACUCGGCAAAUCACAAAAUGAAAUAAAAACAUCUGCAACGAUACAGGAUGUCAAUGUUUGGACGACAGCUCUUGCGAUUGCAUUUUUGAGAAAGUAUUUCUUAGAACAAAGAGAUGAAUGGGAGAUGAUCGAGGAGAAAGCGUUUAACUGGUUGAGGACAAGAGAUGUUGAAGGCAAAGAUGUCGUACAGGAAGCAAUGAAUUUUUUAUCAACCUAAUUUUUUUGUUACUUCUGUGCUAUUUCAGCUUGAAAAUAACAUUCCUUCUGUGGAAAUUUUACUACACAGAUCUUGUAUGUUACAUAUCGCUGCAAUGCAUGCAAUACAAUACCUCUCAUGUAAUUUUAAAAAUAUAUUACAUCAACUUACUGACAGGAUUAUAAGUUCCAGGUGAUUUCUGUAAGAAUAGCUUUCGUACAUUUAUGAUUUGGAUUAUCAUUUCCUCAAAUUUCGGUUUAUGAAGUCCAAAAUAGUGAAAUUGCAAGGUUGAACUUUUGUCAUCCAUGCUUGAGUGUUUGUAGUAAUAGUUGGAUUUUGAGGAACUAUUGUUUAUUCCAGUUAUUAUGCAAGUAGCCUAUACAGUGAUGUUGUUUUUUGUCUAUUAGCCUUAACUAUAUUCAAUACAAAAGCACUUUAUAUAGUAGUUUUAAUACUCAGAUAUUUUUGAAAAUGGUAGAUAAAUUAGACGGAAUUAAACCUUUUCAUUGUUCCAUAAAUAUUUUUGCAAAGACCGGUACCGAAAUAACUUAAGCCUAAUAAGAGAAGAUUUGCUCCCACUGAUCAAGAUUCUUUUUUUCUUUUGAACAGGAAACUUAAUAUUCAAAAUUACAAUGUACCAUUAUAAUGAUUUUUUCUUUGCAUUAAAACAAGUUUUAAUAUCCA